AUGUUAACUCCAUUUUACACUUUACCCAACACUCAACAAUUAGAAGAUGAUUGGAAUGAUCUACAUUUACUCAUACUCGACAAAAUUGUAUUAAAAAGGAAUGAUGGACUCAAUAGUUUAAAACAAGUUGCAUUAAUGAUUAAAGAUAUCUUAAAACAAAUAGAAAUGGGUAGUACAGAUGAUAUUCAACAAAAAAUUAAUCAUACAAGUCAACAAUUAGUAUCAAUGGAUGUGUACGAAUUUAUUGCAGAUCUUGUACAAGUAGAAACAAAUUUGAUAGAAAUCUUACAAAAAAUGUGA